GAAACUGCCAUCUCGGGAGCCGUGGAUUGUCAGCUUCAGCAGGAGGAUGAGGACCGCAGAAGUCAACGUGUCCUCGCUGGCCUGAACGCAGCAGCCCAGUUUGUCCGCGAUCGGACGGAGGACGAAAGAAUACGAAAGGCUGCUGAGCACGUCAAAUGGUCCGUGAACAACGGUUUCCUCGAAGAGGAAGUUUAUCAGAACGUGAGGCUCGUCCUGGAAGAGGAGGCAAAACUUGUUUCCUCACCGGAUGCACUUGUUGAAGCUGUCGGACAAGGGGCGGCGCUGACGGCGGAUGAUGUCGACUGGCUCACGAGGCGAAUGAAAGGUGGGGAUGUGUUUUCCGAUUUGGAAGACGCAGAGGCAGGUGCAGCACACGGUCCAAAUGGUGAACCUUACUACGGUGCAUCCUCCAGCCCUUGCGCGGCAGACAAGGUUGGCUGUGAUGCAGGAUCCGACAGCAGCUUUGGGACGGGUACACCUUGGACUGAUGCAAAGGUGAAGUUCUGCUUUGACAACGAGCUUGCGCCAAGCAGCAGAGAAGCCCUGCAAUGCGCCAUGGACAAGAUCUCGAAGUUUGUUCCUGGCAUCGUGUUCGUGAACGUGCAGUACACUGGCGUCGAUGCAUGCGGUGCGUUGCCGGCGGUUUACAUGCAGUCAAACGGCCGCCGGAGUGGCAACGGCUGUUGGGCAGACAUUGGCAUGUCGACAUCCAUGUUUGGGGGGAAUCAAAAGUUGAACUUGCAAGCUCCCGGCUGCGACAACUGCGGUACAGCAACCCAUGAGAUCCUGCAUGCCCUGGGCAUGGCACACGAGCAGCAAAGACCUGAUCGGGACGACUUUGUCAGCAUUAUCUGGAACAAUAUCAAACCCGGAAUGGAUACUCAGUUUGCUAUUCGCUCGCAAGCAGAUACACAGCGGCCGUAUGACAUCAUGUCCAUCAUGCACUACGCUUCCCGAUCCUUCUCGAGCAACGGUCGGGAUACCCUCGUCGUGAAGCCCAAAGGCUACGAGCUCUACACAUCAGAUCCAGCCAGGUUUCCAAAAUAUCGCAUUGGGCAGCGUGUGGGAAUGAGUACUCAGGAUGUGUCUCAGCUCGCAGACCUUUAUGGGUGCAGCCGGAGCAGCCAGUAUCAGACCUGCGACAUUGCGAGGGGUUAUCUCGCCACCAGGUUGGACCAGGAAGUUGAUCCAGGCUCAAUCGCUCUGAUCGGUGUGCUGGUUAUUGUCGCUAUCUGCUGUGGUGGCCUAUGCGUUUGCUUCGCUCGUGGAAGCGAAAGCUCAAGCAGGACGUACAAGGAGGGAGACAGUAGCCGAGGUGUUACGGCCACGCCACCAAGCGCCACAGAUCCGGAAGAGCCAAUGCUUCAACCGGGCCCUCUGCAGCCAGGGCAAGAAGAAAAGCCUUGUGUACCGUGUUGCACCCUAUUAUGA